GUUUGAAGAGGUUUAAAGAAUUGCUAAAUGUAGGUACCACGCAGAGAAUCUGUGCAAUUAUUAGUCAAACCAAACUGGAAGGGGGCAGCGAAUGACCGCACAGGUUAAAGCUGCCAGAAAUAAAGCAACCAACAACAACAACAAGCUGGAAAGUCUUCACCAGGAGACACUUCCAUCACAAUAACAGCCGCUGAAAAUAUGAGCCGACCCGGCAAGCCCGCCUCCGAGCUGGUCGUGUGCCGCGUCUGCAUGAGCCACGGCAAGCAGCUGGUUCCGUUCGCCCGGUACGACGCCGACCGGAAGGCGUACCGGCUGGCGGACGCCAUCUCCGCCGUCGGAGCCGUCCAGGUCGAGAACGGCGACGGGCUGCCCCAGUACUGCUGCGUUCGCUGCUUGCGCGAGAUCGAGUCGGCGUUCAAGGUGCAGCGCAUGUGCCAGGAGACGGACUGGAAGCUGCGCGAGAUGUACCCGCAGCGGGAGCCGGCAAAACGGAAGGUGCCGGCGGAAGUUCGACCCGUGGUGGAGGUUAUGAAGGAGGAGGAAGAGUUGGUCUUCAAAGAGGAAUACGAGGAAUCUCGGUUACAGGAGACCGUCGCAGGAGUUGUGGCUAUCAAGCAGGAGGUUGAGGAGCUGUCGCAACCGUUGGAUGGCGCCGAACAUGCUGUUAGUAUUAAAGAGGAGAUCGAUGAGGUGAUGGAGGUGGCUGAGUCUGAUGAGGCCGUUGAAAAGCAGUGUCAAUCGGACGGCGAUGUUACUAGAGAAGCAAAAAUCUGCUGUGGCUGCUCGCGAUACUGUUUGUCAAAAGAGGAAUUGAUCAAGCACAGCCUAAAAAUGCAUUAUACGCAACACUCAGGACCGGACAAACAACGGCCCUUUGCGUGCGACAUCUGCUACCGAAACUUACCGAACAAGAAUGAUCUGGACGCGCACAAAAGGCAUUUACGCGAUGAGAGAAAGAAAUAUGAGUGCGGAAAAUGCGGAAAGGGGUUCUAUACCACAAAAAGUUUGCUUUUUCACCGCAGAUCUCACGGUCCAGACCCGUUCAAGUGCCACAUGUGUCCAUUCGUUACGGCCACAUCAACUCAGCUAAGAGCUCACGUCCAAAAGCACAGCGUGUCCAAUGGCACCUAUAAAUGCUUUGUGUGUGGAACCUGUUACAACACUCCGGCGAAUCUGAAGAAACACACUGCAACGCAUCCGUACAAACUUCCGCAGAAGUGCCCCUACUGCCCGCGUGUGUUCAACGUUAAAAAGUGGCUCACACAUCACAUCAACAAACAUCGUCAACAUGGAGAGUUGGGCAAUCAGGGCAUUAAGAGUAAAUAAAAUAAACUUCAAACCACCAAAACAAUGUUUCAUUCCAUCUUCAGCUUAGCGAUAUCACCCUUAUCAGUAAAUGACCGAUUAGUCGAU